AUGCAAAACGACAAAAACUUGUGGUUUCGGCACGAGAACGAUCAACCAUCACAGAAGGAGCACGCCGUGCCUCUAUAUGUGCUCCUGGAUCUUCGAUGGUCAAAUCAAGGAAAAGGCCGUUUGCAAAAAGCAAAUCUCAUUGAGAUCGAUGUUUUAUUGCUGCUAUUGUUCGUUAAUGCAAUCCAGUUACUUUUUGGUGAUAUUUUCGACAAAGAAAUGGAAAAUGAAACUAAACAACAGCAACAACAGCAGCAGCGCGAAUCGAUACUCGCAACAAGUAUCGAGGAUUUUGAAGGUUUGGUAGUUAUUUUAUUAAUGAAAUCGAAACACGGUGUGCUUCCGAGGUAG